AUCGCGUUGGGCUUUGGCCUCAGCAUAGCUGCGGGAGCUUGCACUUGUGUGGGAUUCCUAGCAGCUUUCUGUGUCAAACUAGAGAACAGACUGGUCUUUGCUGCCUCGUUAGCAGCUUCUGCUGGAGUCAUGAUAUUCAUCUCCCUUACCGAAAUCUUGACGAUCAAGACUGUCGAGGGCUUCAAGGGAGCUGGGCAGUCUGACGCAGAAGCAAUGAGAUACUCCAUAUUAACAUUCUUUGCUGGCGCCUUUAUUUGCCAUCUUAUCGACGUGUUUCUUGAGCAAGGGCCUGUGGACGGGCCCCUGUCUCUUGUUCUAUCAGAGGAUAGGGAAAGAGCCAAAGAGCUUCUGCGAAUGGGCAUACUAAGUGCUGUUGUCAUUCUGGUCCACAACAUCCCGGAAGGCGUUGCUACUUUUGUCUCAGCAGUUGCAGAUCCAACCGCAGGCGUCGGAGUUGCAUUUGCGAUCGCACUGCACAAUAUUCCUGAGGGUUUGAUAGUUUCAGUCCCAAUCUACUUAGCCACUGGAAGCAAAAUCAAGGCUUUUCUAUGGACUGCCUUUUCGGGAGCGGCAGAACCAUUUGGUGCUCUGAUAGCCUUCACAGCCCUCAAAAGCUCCGACAUGAGCCCUUGGGCAUACGCUUUUAUCUUCGGCAUCGUCUCGGGGAUCAUGACUUACAUAUCCUUGACCGAGCUGCUGCCUACUGCCUUGAAGUAUGAUCCGACAGAUCGGGUCGUCAAGAAAUCCCUGUUCCUUGGAAUGUUCAUUAUCGCCAUUUCCAUCAUUCUUUUUGAGGUUUGA